CGUCAUGUGACUGCCCGGAGUUGGUGCCAGGAGCCAGAGGGGAGCCAGGAGCGGAGCCGCGCGGAGCCGGGGCCCGAGCUGGAGCGCAGCGCGAGCGCCCGCCGAGCCGAGCCGCGCCCGUCGCACGCGCGCCAGUCCCCGUCCCCUGCGGCCGCCACCGCCAACGCCGCCGGGACUGGAGCGCUGACACCACUGCAUCCGCGCGUUUCCAGGCAGCCCGGAUCCGGGCCUUUAUUUCUCGCCUGCAGCGCUCAGCACCGCGCCUCGAAAAGGGGCCUGGGUUUCAUCCCUGGUCAGGGAACUAAGAUCCCGCAAGCUGCAAAAAUCUGAUUGGUUCACACAGUGGCACACUGAACUUGAUGGCCAAACACCAGAGCACCCUAGAAAGCAUAAUUAAAAGAAUGCUCAUGUUUGACCCAGUCCCUGUCAAGCAAGAGGCCAUGGAUCCUGUCUCGGUGUCAUACCCGUCUAAUUACAUGGAGUCGAUGAAGCCCAACAAGUAUGGCGUCAUCUACUCCACACCGUUAUCUGAUAAGUUCUUCCAGACCCCGGAAGGCCUGUCGCACGGGAUGCAGAUGGAGCCGGUGGACCUCACCGUGAACAAGCGGAGCUCGCCGCCCUCUGCCGGGAACUCCCCCUCCUCCCUGAAGUUCCAGUCCUUGCACAGGAGAGCCUCGCCGGGGCUGAGCCUGCCCUCGUCCAGCCCACCGGGGAAGAAGUACUCGCCGCCGCCGCCGCCCGGCGUGCAGCCCUUCAGCGUGCCGCUGUCCAUGCCGCCUGUGAUGGCUGCGGCCCUCUCCCGCCACGGCAUCCGGAGCCCUGGCAUCCUGCCCGUCAUCCAGCCUGUUGUCGUGCAGCCCGUCCCCUUCAUGUACACCAGCCACCUCCAGCAGCCGCUCAUGGUCUCCCUGUCGGACGAGAUGGAAAAUUCCAGUAGUAGCAUGCAAGUCCCUGUAAUUGAAUCAUAUGAGAAGCCUCUAUUACAGAAAAAAAUUAAAAUAGAACCUGGGAUCGAACCACAGAGGACAGAUUAUUAUCCUGAAGAAAUGUCACCCCCUUUAAUGAACUCAGUGUCCCCCCCGCAAGCACUGUUACAAGAGAAUCACCCUUCAGUCAUCGUGCAGCCCGGGAAGAGACCUUUACCUGUGGAAUCUCCAGACACCCAGAGGAAGCGGCGGAUACACAGAUGUGAUUAUGAUGGAUGCAACAAAGUAUACACUAAAAGCUCUCACUUGAAAGCACACAGAAGAACACAUACAGGAGAAAAACCCUACAAAUGUACAUGGGAAGGAUGCACAUGGAAAUUUGCUCGGUCUGAUGAACUCACGAGACAUUUCCGAAAACAUACUGGAAUCAAACCCUUCCAGUGUCCAGACUGUGACCGCAGCUUCUCCCGCUCCGACCACCUUGCCCUCCAUAGGAAACGCCACAUGCUUGUUUGAAUGCCUCUAUCUCCCGCCUCAGCGUGGCUCCCACUCUCCCAGCUCUCUCUCUGUCCUCCCUCCCAUUAUCUAACUCAUCUUUUUACAUGUACAUUUUAAUUUUGAUUCAGCUGGUCUGAAUCUCUGAAUUUAUAUCAUUCAAACUUCCAUAUGGUCAGUAGUAAAUAUUCUCUAAUCCUUCCUCUCCUUACCACGGGUCAGACCUAAAGAAUGUGAACACUUUUUUUUUUUUUCCUUUUUUUUUUUCCGGGGAUGCUAAGCAAACCCUUCUUAGAGAUACGUUUAAUGUAAUGAAAGCAAGGGAACAUGUAAACUAACAUAACCAAUUGUUUCUCCAUGUAAUCCUCAAAAGAAUGUCAAAGUAAAUGUAUUAGAAAUACAGUAUCCAGCCUGCUAGUCCUUGCCAGAGGCAUCCAGACCUCUGUGCUCUGUGAUCGAGUUUGGUGCUCCACAGCAAAAAGAAGGGUGGAACCUUUCACAGAUUAGCUAGACAAGCAACAGGCUUUCAGACUAGUACAGUCAACUCUUCCAUCGUCCUUCACAGAUCUGGCUUGUCAAUUUGGAUUUAUCACUUCAUCUAAAUGUACGUCCUUUACCUACCUUUGUGCCUGCAGCUACUAAGGAGGUCUUUGCCACCACUGGGAGGUGAGCCAGAGCUGCUGAUUUAGGUGGAUGAUAUCUGUCAGUUGAGGGGGUGGAUGCUGUACUUGCUAGCGUGGAGUCGGAGCAAAGGGGCAUGCAGCAGGGGCAGAGCGAAGCGGGCAAAGGAGGAAGCCAGCCAUUCCUGCUCACCUAGGGCUUUUCGGUGACAAUUCAUCAUUUGGUUCGCUGGGCAGUACAUUCCCAGAGCUUCAGUCUCUAUGCACAUUCAGCUGUGCGGAACCCUACUGCAAAGCCAGAUACUGAUGGGGUUCUCCAUGCACCUUCUCUGUUUCUACAGUGUCCUUAAUGUGGCUUAGCAAGCAUUGAUAGGGAUGCCACAAAACUGUUUGCUCAGUGAUGGGAAAAAAUCUUUUGGGUAAGGGUAUGAAUGGUUUUCUUUAAUGGUCUUCUUUUACCCCACCUACUUAACAGCUUUUUUGCAAACAGGGAAACGUUGAGUGGUAAUUGCAUUCCCCUAUCAAAUUAAUCAUGGAGGCUUCAUAUGGAGACUUUUCUCUGUGAGCUGUAAGGUGCCAAAUUGGCUGUCAUCUGUGUACAUGACACAUAUCAUAAAUAAGCAUCUGCUAAUGCUUUAGUAGAUUCCUUCAGUUUAAGACCUGAGUGACACUAUUUGUAAAUAUAAAUAGUUGUGAAGCACACAUACCUUUCUUGGGGGACAGAUUUCUGAAAAAUCUAGGAAAACCACAGUUCAGGGAUUCAUAAAUGUAGCUCAAAUUCCCAAAUGUUUACUGUUGGAGCUGGCAAUCUCCUAUCACUAUCAAGUAUCCUGUCAGAAGAACAAACUGAAAAUGACUCGUGUUUAUGUUGAAGAUUAAUAGCACCAUUAUUUAGGGGAAGUUUUUCAAAAGCAGGCUUUUGAGCACCAUAGUGUAAAUGCCAGUCAAAAUAAUUUAUGCAUAGAAAUGCCAUUGGUCCUAAAUUUGAAGAAAGUGGGCGACGGUGGUGUAGUGUGGGUGCAUUUAAGCAAAUGCACCUUCAUCCCUCGAUAAAGGAUGGAGGAGCAGAGAGAAGAAUGGAAUCCUGAAGAUCCAUCCCAGCCACAACUCAGGAUCCGACACAACCUUAAUGGGAGGAAUACACUGUUCAGUUGUUUUUAAGACAGUGCAUGAGUGAUUCUGGAGGCCUGCGAAUUGUGUGGGGAGCUUACUUCGAUGGCGCCGUGUUAAUAAAAGUUAGUUGUAGGGACUGCACACCUAAGAGAUCCCGCUCGUAAGCCCUCGGAUCCAACUGAAAGGAGAUGUAGUUGAGAAAUGCAAAGUAAUUUGUUAUUGUGGCACUUGGUUUUUCUUUUUUUUAAGCACUGCAAAAUUAGUUUAGAAUAUUAAAACAUCCUUGUGAGGCUU